AUGGAAAAGGUGGCUUCUGCUGACUCCAAGAGAUCUGAGCGAACCCCCUCUCUGAGUAGAGUGUACUCUGCGCCUCAUGUGGACAAUCAAUCUGCCUUCUACGCAACGUCGAAGGGGGAGGAUGGCCAGGAGACUGACCCUGUGGUGCCUUCCUACACCGCACAAGACAAUCAAGACCUAGAGAAUGGCAACAGUGGUGGUGGCAGUGAUCCAGACGGCGAUUUACAGCCAACCCAGACGUCCAGGUCUCAACGUUCUGAGCUGGAUUCAAAACUAGUCAGUUGGAAAGGACCCAACGACCCAGAGAAUCCAAAGAAUUGGUCAAUGAAAAGACGCUGGGCGGCCGUAUUCGUCGUCUCGUGCUACACUUUCAUAUCACCAGUAUCCUCAUCCAUGGUUGCGCCAGACUUGACAGCCAUCGCGAAAGAUCUAAACAUAGCAAACGGAGUCGAACUGGAAAUGACAUUGUCCAUAUUUGUUCUAGCGUAUAGUAUCGGGCCUCUCUUCCUGGGCCCGCUCUCUGAAAUCUACGGUCGAGCGAUUGUCUUGCAGCUUGCCAAUCUUUUCUUUCUCGUCUUCAACAUUGCAUGUGGUGUUGCUCAGACGAAAACGCAGAUGAUUGUCUUCCGGUUCUUGGCCGGCUUAGGCGGUAGUGCGCCUUUAGCAAUCGGAGGUGGUGUUAUGAGUGACUGCUUCAGACCCGAAGAAAGAGGGCGAGCAGUGGCUGUCUACAGUCUCGCACCCCUUUUAGGACCUGCAGUCGGUCCCAUAGCUGGAGGUUUCAUCGCCGAGAACACGACCUGGCGAUGGUGUUUCUAUUCGACGUCCAUCUUAACUGGAGUCAUCCAAUUUGCCGGGCUUUUCAUUUUACAAGAGACAUAUGGUCCGAAACUGUUGAAUCGAAAGGCCAAGAAACUACGCAAAGAAACUCAAGAUCUAUCCUGGCACACCGAAUAUGAAGACACAAGUCGCACCUUUACCACUAUCCUAUCAACAGCUAUGUGCCGCCCGUUUAUCCUACUUGCAACCCAACCUAUUGUCCAGGCUCUAGCAUUGUUCAUGGCUUAUAUCUACGGCCUUAUGUAUCUCAUGCUAGCCUCCUUCCCCACCGUGUGGACUGGUCCAGACUAUUAUAACGAGUCCGUUGGUAUCGGAGGACUCAACUACAUCUCUUUGGGCCUCGGGUUCUUUAUCGGAUCCCAAAUCAGCGCACGUCUCAUCGAUCUCGUCUAUCGAAGACUGAAAGCACGAAACGGCGGCGUCGGCGCUCCUGAAUUCCGCACGCCGCUGCUGGGUAUAGGAGCGUUGGCGAUCCCCAUUGGCCUUUUCAUUUAUGGAUGGACGGCGGAGUAUAGAACCCACUGGAUUGCGCCCAAUAUUGGAGCUGUGAUUUUUUCCAUUGGCGCCAUCAUGACCUUCCAGUGUAUCCAGACGUAUCUGGUUGACUCCUAUACGCGGUAUGCGGCUAGUGCUUUGGCAGCUGCCACUGUUUUACGGUCGUUAGCUGGGUUUGGAUUCCCUCUUUUCGCUCAGUAUAUGUACAGUGCACUGCACUAUGGUUGGGGGAAUAGUUUGUUGGCGUUUAUUGGAAUAGGUAUUGGGAUUCCGGCUCCGCUACUUUUAUGGAAAUACGGUGCGAAGCUGCGGGCCAUGAGUCCGUUUGCUGCUGGAUGA